AUGGAAAAAGUGUUACGGAUUGAAGAACCUCAAAUUUCCUCCAAUGAUUCGAUUGAAGAGCACCCCCCGAGGAAGUGUGUAAGGUUAAAGCAGAACCUGUUUGUGGAUUUCGUGCCGGAAUCCAAGAACUGGGUUAAAGAUGUAUUUCCCAACGCGGCGAUCUACAGAGGCUACGAUGAGUUGCUUUGGGGCUAUUUCAUCAUUGCUGUCUAUAAGGAUGCGAGCUCUGGUAAGUUGAAUUCGUUGAUCGUGGAUAAGUUAGGAACAACACAUUACGAUGCAGUGAAUAUCUCACGAAAGUCUCGUUUUUACCCUGCAAUUGAGAACCUAUCGGCAGCUAACCGUGAUUCAAGCGUUAAAAAAUGUAUCGCUGUUUCCCUGCUCCAAAAAUAUGCUGAUUUGAACCCCAGUAUGGUGCCUAAGCUUCAGCCACGAAUGCGAUACGAUUAUGAUCCGACCUCGGCUGGAGACCUCGCCAACAGCUGUCAACUGAUAGGAUUUUGUCCACCUGAGAGUAUAGGAAAAAGCUUGGAUCGUCUAGGUUUUUUAAGCCCUCAUUACGCGGGGUCCCUUCUUAUCGACGUUGUCUAUGAGCAAGAGCAAUCCACCAUCGAGGCCAACAAUGAGCUUGUUUUCCAUCUUGGGGAUCAACUGGAACAAUUAUUCGACCCUUUGACAGAAUAUUCGCCGGAGCAGACAGAAAUUAUUUACAAGCCUCCUGAAAAUGGUGCGCCUGUGAAGAAAGAUGACCAUAUCGCUUCCAUGGUAUGCAAUGAAUUGCUGCAGGUUCAGACCAAUUUCACUCUCACGUUAGUGGAUUUUCUUCAAAAGUUUCUUAUACCUCUUCGCAUAGAGGUCGCAAAUGAGGAGAUUCCCGGUCUUUCAAUACCAAAAUUGAACCGCUUAUUUCCUCCGACGAUCGAUGAGGUUACGCGAGUCAAUUGCAUCUUUUUGGAUGCUCUGAAAGCAUCACAUGCCUUUGGGUCACAAGAGAUGCUUAAGGCAUGCAGCGUCACUAUACCAUACUUUUACAAAGCUUACACAAGACAUGAUGCGGCCACCAAGGACUUUUCUAAGCAAGUGAAGGAAUUUUUGGCCAAAUUCAAAGACUACCUACCUAGCUGUGAGUUAUAUUCGCAAAUGAAAAUGGAUACCGUCGUAAAAAGUCCUCAGGAAACCAUAUUGAAGAUAAAACUGAUCAUUGAUAGACUUUGGUCUACCAAAAAUUGGGAAUUAGAGGAUGCACAACUGGCAGAAGCUCGCUACUCGAAGAUUUGCGACAUUAUAAGCUCUUUUGGAGCUGAUGAAAGACCGCUGAAUUCAUACAGUACGAGGGUUUUCACGCCAUCUGGAAAGCUUCUAACUGAACUAGCUAGGGGCUGGCCCACUGAGCUGCAAUACAAUUGGCUAAAACGAAGAGUUGUGGGCGUUUUCGAUGUUAUGGACUCGAAUGAUAAUACACAGAGAAGUAUUCUGGUCAUUUUUAGCGACUACAUUGUCAUUCUCAAUGUUGUCGACACCAGCUCUUAUUACGAUUCCUAUGCAGGUAAGAAACCACUUCUUUCUGACAUUCUGAUGAACUCGCUUAUCAACGAAGCUCCACUCCCACCUAGAGUGCCGGAAUUGCGGGUUGCCAACUACUUUUAUAUUGAUGACGUCGUAGCGUCGACUUUCGGAAGUGAUAUGAUUCGAAUCGAUCAUGUGGAGCCGAACAAUGUCACUGCAGUGGCCGCCAAGAUCGUCUCGUCUUCUCAUACAGGUUCAGAGGUUGUCAACUUGAUUGCUAAAGCCAAGAUUUUAGAGAAGGAAACCGCAUUUCAUCUCUUCCGCUACACAGACGACGAUCUUCAAGUUUUUUCCACGGCACACGAAAUCAAAGCAUACGCGGCAGAGAAAAUACGGUCAAAGUUUUGUCUCUUUUUAAACAUGGAUCAAAGCGUGCAGGUGCUAAACAAAUUUAAUCUAGUUGCCGCAUUCUUUGCCUCGUUAGGAUCAGACGGCACCGUCUCUCUAUUAGAAUUGACACGUAAUGGUGAAAAAAAGCAUUUUAACGUAGAGCUGCAAAUGUUGGUUGGGGUUUUAGUCUCUGAAAUCAAAGUGCUUUACAGGCAGUUCUACUCCACCGCCCAGUCGCCUUUUCUAAGUGAGCUGUUGGAAAUCAACAGCCAACUGGUUAAAAGAGUUGGACGACAUUUCAGCGAAGAUCUUGAUAUUGCACCAUAUGUGACUGAGAAGAAUUCCUCCACCUCAGCUAAUCCACUCACACUAUCAAAAUCCGCGUCACAUCCCACAACGAGUGGUUUAAAGAGUGCAAGUAAAUUAGAACCUGACGUCCUUCCUACGAAAGAACUGGAGAAACGCACUAAAAAGAAGCCCGCAGGUGGUGAGACGCUCAAAGGAAAGGACAAAUUAACAAGACAAAAUACCAAGAAAUUGGGGUCGGCAUCCAAACAGAAGAGAAGAAGCAUCAUUGGCAAGAUUUCAGAUCUGUUUAUCAAGAAAAAAGACCGUACCUCCAAAGACAUUACUCUCAACAGCUCAAAAUCUGCGAGCAAUCAAACAACAAAAAAAGUACCCAACGGUGAAAGUAAAGAGGAAAACAGUCCGCGUCCCGAUGCACAACGCAUGAGCUCCAUCGUACAUGUUCCGCUGUCAACGAAAAGCGCCAGUGAAAGGUCAACGAAAAGCGCCAGUGAAAGGACAAUUGUCUUUUCUAGUGAUAGCAGUAACAAUAAAGCACACAAUUUAAGCAAACCACAUCCGGCUGCUGGUAGAGAUCCGAACACAGACAGCGAAUCCCUUUCAUCUACAAAUAAGAAUUCAGACGAUGAAAAGAUUUCUCUUCCUAAAAAUCAGAGGUUUUACGGACUGAAUAAAGAUGAGCGCGAGAGCAAACUGUUCAAUCACGACCUGUAUGGAGAUGCCUUCAAAGGGGGCGAAAACGAGAACCAAUAUAUUGCUGCUGAAAGCCCAAUAAGGAGGAUUUCUAUACAAGAGAUUUCGUCACUUCCGAAUGAACUCGCUGAGAAAGAGCUCGUCCCUUCAAUUAAAUCCGGCCCAAGCAAAAUUAAGGAAGCCACUCAAAGCAGGUCGAAGGCGUACACUGAGGACUGCGAGAAUUCAAUGACCUCGACAGAAAACUUGGUGGCCGAGACUAGCGGCAAUGACGAAGACCUGCGCCGCAAAAACAUAUUUCCUGAAAUUAAGAGGCUGGCUAUUGGGAGUGGCCAGUUUGUAAGAUCUCCCUCGUUUACGGAGUUUUUCGACAACAUGAGACUUGUUCUGGAUGACAACGACGAGAUUUCUAAUUGGAAAAGGUUGCCAAAUGAAGCAACGUUGAACACCCAGCACAAGGCUCGCGAGGAAAACGCGGCAACACAUGCCUUUAAAAGUCUCCUACCUUUCAACAAACAAGUGGCAGCCGCAGAAGCGCCACUAUCGCAAGUUCCCCAGCAUAAUGACAAAGCACCGCCUACCACAAAGGUCGACGAAUCCGGUCAUUGCGAUGCCUUCAAAAUUCAGGCAGACGAAGAUCUUGGCGCUCAAAGAGACGUAAGCCAAAUUCUAGAUGUUAUCGACUUUCCGCCUGAACAGCCUUCGAUUGGCGUUAAGAGCCCUACAGGCUUCAAGGUUGUAAAUCAAACAUCUCCCAAACUUGUCAACAUUAACUCAAAGCCUACUCCCGCUCUAAAUGAAAGAUCCACCUCGCAACCGAUUGAACAGCAAAAGGAAUUUCUGAUAAGGGCAACGACACCAAAAGACAGGCAUCAGAGCAAUUCGUCGCCUAUAUUCUCAAAUGAAGUGGUUGCUGAUGAGUUACAACAGCAAAGCCACAGUCAAGCGACAAGUCUUGGCCAAAAGGGUGAUCAUAUAGAGGCAAAAACAACCAAUGCCGGGAAUACCCCAGCUGGGCAUCAACAAACGUCGAAAAUAGUUCCACGAGAGCAGCUUCUUGACGAUCCCGAAUUCAGUUCCUUUCAUAUGACCUUCAGCGAAAACGACGAAACCUUUGACUCAUCAAGAUAUGAUCACCCAUCUACAAUGAGUCAACGCGUAUUUCUCGAACAGCCGCCGGUAGAUACGGCACCUAUUUUUUAUCGCUUACCCGCUAUCGAGAGAUCCACCGAUACUUUCUUCACGUGUGCCGAUGGUACGACAGGUAAAAGCGGCUCUACUAGAAAUGCCUACAAAAAUGUAGAAGGAGAGGAUCCUGAUGAUGCAAUGUGGAUAUCGCCGAGCAAACUGGACAUUUUUGAUCUUAGUAAACAGCCUGACUCCUUUUUCGCUCAAAUUAACCUGGGGAAAAAACAAAGGCCCACGGAGGAAAAGCAAGAUUCUCUUUCCGCAUACUCGUCACAAGAAAAGGCGCUUUUACCAGAUUCCUCUUAUGCAUAUCUACGAGGACUUCUGGUACAUGACGGCCGUAGUGAAGAUGAGAAUGGCGCAGAAGAUUUAGAACCAACACGUCUGACAUUCUAUAAGUAG